AAAACCUAGUCCAAAAAGGUCCCGACCGAAACGUAUUCCUUAAGAAAACCGAACCUUCUCUGUUCCCUUCCCUCCUUCCGUUAAAUACAACUGACCUGUCUGACAAGACCAAAGCACCAACCCAGAAACAAAGACCAAGUAAGAAAGAAAAGAAAAAAGGGAAAAAAAUAUUAUAGAGAGACAGAGAGAUGGGAUUAAAGAAGAACAGGUGGAUCUUCUUCAAGAGGCUGAGGAUGCAGACAGCUUGGAGAUGGAAGUUCUUGGGGUCAGCUUUCAAGUGGAAGAGGUUGAAUCUGCAGCUCUCUUUUGUGGACGAUGUGCUUUUCAGGAUUUUGUCUGUGUUUGAGGCUAUUGUGUUGGUUGCCACCUUGUGUUUCUUUUAUCUUUGUUGUGGCUGCCAUUUUUGAAGAGUCUCUCUCACUAUGUUAUAAGGUCUCCCAUUUCUGGGGCUCUGACUAUGCCGGCCUCUUUGUUUUCUCUUUUUUUAGUACAUGCUCUCUGUUUUUUUUUUUCCUUAGAUCUUUGGAGAUUUUCUGACUACUGAAAAUGGUAAAAAGAAAACAAUUUUGUUUUCGAUGGUGGUGGGCGAGAGAAGAUGGGUUAUUGGGUUUGUGAUGUUUUUGGAUUCGUUGUUAGUGUGAGGGCACUGAGGGGUGAGCGAGAUUUCUCAAUUAAUGCAAGUUGAUGGAUGCAUCCAUUUCUCUCUCCCUCCCUCUCUCUCUCUCUCUCUCUCUCUCUCUCUCUCUCUCUCUCUCUAUAGAUUUACAUGUUCUGGGAGACUCUCAGAGAUGGGAGAUGAGCUAGUUUGAUAUUAAAAUUUCCCAGGAAUGUAUUGUAUAUGCUAAUGUAUGUGUUUAUGUACAAAUUUAAUGGUGGAAAAAGUUCAAAAAUUACUUAUGAAUUACCCAUCGUC